AUGAGAUUUCAGAACUUGUCCGAAUGUAGCUCCGUUGGAACACCAAGAGCGGUCAGUCUGUGUCCAGUGUCCAGCUGUUCUUUCGUCCAUCUUGAAGAUCUAUACCCAUUAACUAAUGUCCGGAGUUUUGAUAACCCAGAACAACAGUAUUUCACCGAACAAACCAUUCUGUUCAGUGAUCGUGAGAAGGGAGAUAACUCGGACACUCGAGGACGUAUACAAAGUGAAAACGGCAGACAGCCACGAACAUCUAAUGGCGUUGUUCACUCAGACCAGAGGAAGAAAGCUAACAUCAGAGAACGACGCAGAAUGCAAAAUCUGAACGAGGCAUUUAAUUCGCUGAGGAGAGUUCUCCCGACAUUUACGUACGAGAAACGUCUGUCACGGAUAGAGACGCUACGUCUUGCCAUUGUCUAUGUGGACUUUUUAACCAAAUUCAUUAAUGGCAAUACGCCGGCUGACAUCCGCUUAGUCAAAUUUAGUACGCUCGGAAACGUUCUUGAUAAAGCGAUAGAAUAUCAAACGUAG